AUGGCUACUUCGUCUCAUCUUCUCGCCUCCGCGCCCCUGCCUCGUCUCGGAACGUCCCUGCUUCCCGUGAGCCGUUCGAUCGCCACAACCGCUCCUCGCCGCAUUGCACCGCGCGCGCUCGUUGUCGCAGCCGCCGACUCGUCGUCGAGCGCGCAGCACGUCGCGGCGGCGGCCCCCCAGGCCGACCGGCGGUCGCUGCUGCUGGCGGGGCUGGCCCUCGCGUGCGGCGCAACUGCGGUGGCGGGCGAGGCGAGGGCGGCGAGCUGCGAGCUGACGGCGACGCCGUCGGGGCUGCAGUUCUGCGACACCGCCGUGGGCGACGGCGUCGAGGCCGCCGCUGGCAUGCUCAUCAAGGCGCACUACAACGGCACGCUGCUGGACGGCACGGUCUUCGACAACAGCUACCGCCGCGGCCGCCCCCUCGUCUUCCGCGUCGGCGCCGGCGAGGUAAUCAAGGGGUGGGACCUGGGCAUCGUGGGCGGGGAGGGCAUCCCCGCCAUGCGCGCAGGUGGGUACCACCGGCCCCCCACACCCACUCCUUCCCAUCACCGCUGCCUGCCACCUUGCCGCCCGAGGCACACACAAUCCAUGCGCAUCUAUGCUUCUGCUCUCUUUUAUGCUUCUCAUCACGCGCUCGUGCUACCUGUGUGUGCAGGCGGCAAGCGCACGCUGCGCAUCCCGGCAUCACUGGCGUACGGUGCGAGAGGAGCCGGCUGCCGCGGAGGGUCGUGCAUCAUCCCCCCCAACUCCGAUUUGCUCUUUGAUGUCGAGUUCGUUGGCAAGGCAUAG